AUGGGUAAGGGAGGAAUGUCAAUUGAUGAUCAUGGAGAAGACAAAGAAGAGAACAUGGCCGCUUGGCUUGUUGGAAUAAAAACUCUCAAGAUUCAACCUUUCAAGCUUCGUACUUUAGGACCUUAUGAUGUCAGAGUCAGAAUGAAGGCUGUUGGUAUCUGUGGGAGUGAUGUUCACCACUUCAAGUUUACUACAAGAUCUGCUCAGUUAAAAUAUGAUUGGGUUGAGUUGGUCCAUUGUGUCCUCACCCAAACUAAUGAACACCUUGGAUAUGAGUUUUUCCUGAGUUUCAAAUUUGUUGUUUCAUUCACUUUUCAGACUCUGAGGUGUGCAAACUUUAUAGUCAAGGAACCAAUGGUUAUUGGUCAUGAGUGUGCUGGGAUCAUAGAAGAAGUUGGAAGUCAGGUAAAGAGUUUGGUGCCGGGUGACCGUGUGGCCAUUGAACCUGGGAUCAGUUGUUCGAGAUGCGGCCACUGCAAACAGGGUCGAUAUAAUUUAUGUGAUGAUAUGAAGUUUUUUGGUAGUCCACCAGUUAAUGGUUCCCUGGCGAAUCAGGUUUGA